AUGGCAUCCAAGUCUAGAGCACACGUCGCGAUUAUCGGUGCCGGUCUGUCCGGCCUACGCUGCGCCGAUGUUCUUCUGCAGAAUGGUUUCCAGGUGUCCAUCUUUGAGGGCCGAGACCGCAUCGGUGGGCGGGUGCAUCAGACGCAGCUCGGCAACGGCUUUUGGGUCGACAUGGGCCCCAACUGGAUACACGGCACCACGGGCAACGUCAUCUUGGACCUGGCCCUGCAGACGGGCACCGGUAUCGAUGACAUUGACGACGUUUCCUGUGCGUUUGAUGAAGCCGGCCACAAGCUAGACGCCGCUGAGAGCGUCAAGUACGAGACCAUCAUGUGGGAGAUGAUCGAAGAGGCGUUUGCGUACUCGGCGACGUCCGAGGCAGAAAUUGACCCCAAAAAGAGCUUGAUGGACUUUUUCAAACAAAAAGUGCCGCUGAAGAUUCCCGAUGGCGAGCCCAACGCAGAGGCCAAACGCAAGACAAUAUAUCACCUCUGCGAAACGUGGGGUUCGUUCAUUGGCUCGCCGGUGACGAGGCAGAGUCUCAGGUUUUUCUGGCUGGAAGAGUGCAUUGAUGAUGAGAAUCUGUUUUGUGCUGGUACCUAUCGCAAGGUCCUGCAGCACGUUGCCGGGGCCGCAUUAAACAAGGCCAACAUUUCCCUCCAGACAAUCGUAAAGAGCAUCAACUAUAACAAGGACACAACAGGCAACGUUACCGUUCGUCUACAAGAUGAUACGAGUUAUGAAUUCGACGAGGUCGUCAUGACCGCGCCGCUUGGUUGGCUGCAGAAGAACAAGACCGAGGCUUUUGACCCUCCGCUUCCUGCCUCACUUGCUACCGCUAUUGAAGCCAUCAGCUAUGGCUGCCUGGAAAAGGUGUACAUCAGUUUCCCCGAGGCGUUCUGGAGAGCCAAGGACGGUCAGCCUGAAGUCGCCAAGGGCUUUAUCCAGUGGAUGUCGCCCAGUUACCAUCCCGAACGCAACGCAAGCCGCUGGCCGCAAGUCGCCGUCGAGCUGUCGAGUCUCGGCCCCGAAGACGCCCACCCGACUCUGCUCUUCUACACCUAUGGCGAGCAAUCACAGCAGUUGACCUCGGAGCUCGCCAAACGUUCCGACAAGAAAGAAAAGAUGGAUUUGAUCGUCGAGUACUUUCGGCCGUAUUAUUCUCGCCUGCCCAACUACACGGCCGACGCACCAUCUUGCCAGCCGUCGGACUGCCUGGCGACGGAGUGGCUGAAUGACGACCUGGCAGGAAAUGGAAGCUACGGCAACUUUCAGGUUGGUUUGGAACAAGGCGAUGAACAUAUCCGGACGAUGCGCGAGGGGCUGCCGGACCAAGGUCUGUGGUUCGCAGGCGAGCAUACUGCGCCGUAUGUCGCGCUUGGCACGAGCACUGGCGCGUACUUGAGUGGCGAAGCUGUUGGCGAAAGAAUCUUGGAGAAAUACGAGCAAUAA